CUUCACCAAUCAAGAAAGAUUCUCUGGGCAGGCCUUGUUGUCUGCCAAAUUAUCAGAUCACUUUUUCUUCUACCAGGAAGAAAGCAGGUGUCAGAAUUCAAACUUGGACUACUCUUUUAAGAACCAGGUCUUCAAUGGAUUGGUCUCCGUAAAAACUCUGAGUACUAAGAUAUCCAGCAAGAGAGAUGCUAGCUCUUGUCACCAUGCAGCUGUUACUUCGAGCCAAAUGUUUUCGGCAACUAGUAACUGCCUAUUCUGUGAGAGCCGUGCACAACACUUGUAGAACAGGAACCCCUCAGAAUUUCUCUAACUACGAAUCUAUGAAACAGGAUUUCAAAUUGGAGAUCCCUGAGUAUUUCAACUUUGCUGAAGAUGUCCUGGACCGGUGGACCAACUUGGAAAAGACUGGAAAGAGACCUUACAACCCAGCCUUCUGGUGGAUAAAUGGAAAAGGAGAAGAAGUGAGGUGGAGUUUUGAGGAACUGGGCUCUUUAUCUAGGAAACUUGCCAACAUACUUGCAGAAGACUGUGUUCUGAAACCGGGUGAUCGAGUCAUUGUAAUUCUGCCCAGGAUCCCAGAAUGGUGGCUUGCAAAUGUAGCCUGUCUGAGAACAGGAACAGUUUUCAUUCCAGGAACCACUCAGCUAACCCAGAGAGAUAUCCUCUACAGACUCCAAUCUUCACAAGCAAAGUGCAUUAUUACCAACGAGGAUUUAGCCCCGGCCGUUGAUGCUAUUGCAUCUAAAUGUGAAAAUCUUCAGUCCAAGCUAAUUGUGUCUCAGAACUCCAGAGAGGGGUGGGGGAACCUCAAGGAGAUGAUGAAACACGCCAGUGACCACCACACCUGUGUGAGGACAAAACAUGGUGAGCUGAUGGCCAUCUACUUUACCAGCGGGACAUCUGGGUCCCCCAAAAUGACCGCACACACUCACGGCAGUUUCGGUUUAGGUUUGUCUAUCAACGGAAGGUUCUGGCUGGAUUUGACACCUUCGGAUGUCAUGUGGAAUACAGCCGACACAGGCUGGGCCAAGUCUGCAUGGAGCAGUGUGUUUUCACCAUGGAGCCAGGGAUCAUGUGUCUUUGCACAUUAUUUGCCACGUUUUGAGUCAACUUCCAUCUUGCAAACACUUUCCAAGUUUCCCAUCACAGUCUUUUGUUCGGCGCCAACUGCAUACCGAAUGCUUGUCCAGAAUGAUCUGAGCAGCUAUCAGUUCAAGAGCUUAAAGCACUGCGUGAGUGCAGGCGAACCGAUCAACCCUGAAGUGACUGAGCAGUGGAGACACUGGACGGGGCUGGAGAUCUAUGAAGGCUACGGGCAGACAGAAACGGUGCUGAUCUGUGGCAAUUUCAAGGGAAUGAGAAUUAAGCCUGGCUCAAUGGGAAAGCCUUCUCCUGCUUUUGAUGUUAAGAUUUUAGAUGAAAAUUGCAAUGUUUUACCUCCUGGACAAGAAGGAGAUAUCGGCAUUCAAAUUCUACCUGAUCGACCAUUUGGACUUUUUGCUCAAUAUGUAGAUAAUCCUACAAAAACAGCUUCAACGGUACGAGGCAACUUCUAUAUCACUGGAGACAGGGCCUAUAUGGAUGAAGAUGGGUAUUUCUGGUUUGUUGCAAGAUCAGAUGAUAUCAUAUUAUCCUCUGGCUACCGAAUCGGGCCAUUUGAGGUCGAGAGUACUCUGAUAGAGCACCCGGCAGUCUCAGAGUCAGCGGUUGUGAGCAGCCCAGACCCCAUCAGAGGAGAGGUAGUAAAGGCGUUUAUUGUUCUGGACCCUAAUUACAAAUCACAUGAUCAAGAACAACUAAAAAAGGAGAUUCAGGAGCAUGUAAAAAAAACUACAGCACCUUACAAAUAUCCCAGAAAGAUAGAAUUCAUUGAAGAGCUGCCCAAGACUAUCAGCGGCAAGAUCAGGAGAAAGGAACUGAGGAACAAAGAAUGGGAAACGACUGAUGCUUAGAUUCAUUUUAUUCAUUAUCUUGGUAUCUGUAAGACAAAUUCUAGA